AUGGCUCGGAUAUACACAGAGCGCGCUAUGGAUCCCCGUCGCCCUUAUGAUCAUCGACACAAUAAACAGUACCACCUAAAGAUCGCGUCCUGGCAAGACGUCGUUUACGCCGAAGUCCUUCACGUGGCUGCACAUAUCAGCUACACGCAUGGGGAUGUGUGGGAGGCUGUGGGAGACCUUCGAGAAGCAGACAGUCUUGUGCCCCUCAACAAAGAACAGAAAUGUAUGUAUGAAGCGUGGCAAGAACGCGCGGAUAGGCUUGUCACCAGGCGAGCCAAUCAAGAGGAGGCAAGGAUAUUACAAGAACGGCAGCAGAUUGAGAAGGCGGAAGGAAAGAUCCAAGUAGUCUGCAACUGGAAGAGCAAGGGCGAUCGACUCCUCCGAAACGGCAUUUCCCAUUUGGCGACUUCGAAAUACCGAGAAGCUCUCGACAAGCUUGCCGUACUGAAUCAGAACUUGGAAUUAUCCUUCACGAUCGGGUCAAAGACAUUCGGAGACUACUACAUUAGGGACGCCAUCAAUGCCCUUGUAUUUAAGCUUCAGGCAAGUGUCGCAGCCGCUUACCUGAUGUCCCAGCAGUACAAGGAGGUUCACGAGUGGACAGAUUCUGUUUUGGAAUGCAGUCAGGAGGACCGUGACGUCAUACACUGCCGCUGCUUGUACCGCAGCCACAAGUACUGCGAUAACACGCACAAUUGGAUGGAGGACCAAAGGCUCGAUUACCUCAAGGUCCACUAUUGCAAGGCCAUUGCGCUCAAGCGUCUGGGCGAUAGAGUGCAGGCGGUAGAGCACAUGGAGAAAGCUCUUGGCUUCGAUCCGGGAGACGGCACGGUAUUUGCGCAGCUUGUGCUGUUGAAGCAGGAGUUAAAGCUAGAACAGGAUGUUGCUCGAAAAUCCAGGGCGAGAAAGCUGAACGCUCGGCAGAUUCAGUUACGCAGGAAACAGAUAAGUCGAAAAGAGAAGGGUCGAGCGUAA